AUGCCAGAGUUGCGAAGUGGUGCUCGGAGAGCUUGCCUGAGGUCUAAGAAGUCAGACAACGUCAAGGCUGCAGACCCAGUUGGGAGCCCAGCAGUGCCACCUCCUCAGGGCAGGACUAGAAGGCGUGGAGGUGCUGUGGCUGGUAGUGGUAGAGGUAACAAGGCAGCUGCUAAGGGUAGAGGGAGACUGAUCUGCCUUGCAACAACCUCCCUGAACCUGGUUGCCGGCGAGGCAGUUAUUGGCAUAGCCCAAAAGGACCUUUGUUUGAGCAAGGCAGCUGCCCGUGCUGCCAACUUAAGAAUGGCAGGUGAUUUUGCGGACAAAUUUGCAGUGGCAGAGGAUGAUGCCACAGCCUCUCCAGUGCCUGAGAGGGUUCAAGUAGGCAAUUCCCCAGAAUAUUUAACUGGUAGAAAGUUAGGCAAAGGUGGCUUUGGCCAGGUUUAUGUUGGAAGAAGAGUAUCUGGUGGAUCUUCUCGUAUGGGUCCUGAUGCACAUGAGGUUGCACUAAAUUUUGAGCACCGAAGCAGUAAGGGAUGCAACUAUGCCCCCCCCAUGCGAGUGGCACGUUUAUCACACUCUCAAUGGUUGUUAUGGCAUUCCAUCAGUCCACUACAAGGGUCACCAGGAGAGUACUACAUUCUUGUAAUGGAUAUGCUUGGUUCCAGCCUCUGGGAUGUUUGGAAUUCUGUAGGACAAGCGGUGGCUCCUCAAAUGGCUGCUUGCAUUGCUGUUGAGGCAAUAUCAAUUCUUGAGAAACUUCAUUCAAAAGGCUUUGUACAUGGCGAUGUGAAACCAGAGAACUUUUUGCUUGGUCAGCCUGGUUCACCUGAUGAGAAGAAGCUUUUCCUGAUUGAUCUUGGUUUAGCAUCCAGAUGGAAAGAAGCAGCAUCUGAUAAGCAUGUUGAAUAUGAUCAGAGGCCUGAUAUCUUUAGGGGAACAAUUAGAUAUGCUAGUGUCCAUGCUCAUUUAGGUCGUACUGGUAGUAGGAGGGAUGAUCUGGAGUCACUGGCAUACACCCUUAUUUUUUUAAUAAGAGGAAGAUUGCCUUGGGAGAUGACAAGAGUUUUCUUGUUUGUUGGACAGAAACGUGGAAGAGCACACGUAAACCUUGAGGUCGAAGAACAACCAAAGAAGAAAGUUAGGUUGGGGAGCCCAGCAACUCAAUGGAUUUCAGUGUAUAAUGCUAGGUGGCCCAUGAAGCAGAGAUAUCAUUAUAAUGUAGCUGAUUCAAGGCUGCACCAGCAUAUAGAAAAAGGUAAUCGAGAUGGUUUGUAUAUAAGUUCUGUGGCUUCUUCAGCAAAUUUUUGGGCUCUCAUCAUGGAUGCUGGGACUGGGUUUUGUUCUCAAGUUUAUGAGCUCUCACAAGUGUUUCUGCACAAGGAGUGGAUUACAGAGCAGUGGGAGAAGAAUUAUUACAUAACAGCAAUUGCUGGAGCAACCAAUGGAAGUUCCUUGAUUGUAAUGUCUAAAGGAACUCUGUACACACAGCAGUCAUACAAAGUCAGUGAAUCAUUUCCUUAUAAAUGGAUUAAUAAAAAAUGGAAAGAAGGUUUUCAUGUGCCAUCUUUGGCUACAGCAGGGAAUCGUUAG